CUGGCAAGCAAACAGCAUCUCUUUGGAGAUGAAUUUGCUCGAGUUUCUCUUCCUGCCAUGCUGCUCAUGGCAGGAGUCCAUCUAUAAAACCCAAGGUCCCCCACUGUUUCCAUCUGAGACCCACUCUGCUCGUGGUGUGCUGGGAUCUCCGCUGUCCUCCAAGCAUGAGGGUGAUCUGCAUGGUCUUUGCUCUGCUCCUGCUUUUCUCCUUGGCCACCCUAGGGUAUGGGCAGUAUAAGGGUGUUUGCCCUGGGUACUGUUCCAACAUGUGUGACAAAAUGGACGAGUGGGGUUUCAGCCGUUCCUGCAGGAAGAUGUACUGCUGCAUCCCCUUACCCAAAAAGGGAAAAUGAUGCUGAAAGACUCCAGCCAUGGAGGAAGAGCAGUGCUCAUGGUGGGGCCCCCAGCCCUGUGUUCACAGUGUGACAAAGAUGGUGUUCACUGCUCUGAAGUAAAGAUGGGCAGAUAUGC